GACCCGCGGCAGCCACCCAUCCACAUUAAAAACCAUACUGCCACCACACCCGAUUCAAUCCAAAGCAAUCCAAUCCAACCAAGAGCACCAUGUACAACGGCAUCGGCUUGUCCUCCGUCCGCGGGACGGCGACCUCGGGCCACGUCCAGGCCAACCGCAGCCACGUCCGGAACCAGCGGAUCCGGCAUCAGCGCGAGCGCAACGCCUCGCAACGCCCGAAGGCAUACAAUCCCGUCUCGGCGGCGGCCCGCGAGAAGGGAAACACCGAGAUCCAGAGGCACGAGCGCCUCCGCAAGCUCGAGAACUCGCUGCUGGAGUUUCGCCUGGACCUGGAGCGGAGCGUCUCCGACGACGAGGAAGUCGAGAAGCGCGUGGCCGGGGAGAGGGCCCGAAGGAUGGCCCGUCUGGAAGAGGAGGAAGCCGAGCGGAAGGAGCGGCGGAAUCAGCGGGGCGACAGCGGCGACGGCUAUGCGGCUCGAAACUCUAACAACCGCGACAGGGGCUACAGCGGGCUUGCAUCUACCAGCGGCAAAAGCAACGGCAGGACAGAUCGGGGGUACCGGGGAACCGCCUAUGGCAGGGGCGGAGGCCCUCCCAGAGACUACGGCCGCAGACCGCAGCAAUACCGCCGCGAUGGCCACCACCGCGGGGGUGACCGGAGGCCCUUCUCCAACACGAACUCCCACGUCGAAGCCACCCGGAAGGAGGAAGAAAACCACCGGCUGGCGGACGCCUUUGGGAUUGACAAGGCGAAGCACGUCGAGGGGGCAGCCUUUGACCGGGACCUCCAGGAGGAGAAGAAACGCCUCAAGACAGAAAAGAAGGAACGGGAGAAAAAGGCGGCCGAAAAGGCACAGCGAAAGCUCGAGCGGGACCAGAAACGCAAGGAAAAGGCGCUCCGGAAGGAAGAGAGGAACCAGCGCAAAAAAUCGAAACCCCGGGGUCGAUCGAGAUCGAGAAAGCGCCGCUCGCGUUCCUAUAGCAGCAGCAGUGGUAGCAGCACUGGAAGCUACAGCCGGUCCUCGUCUUCGCGCUCUAGAUCAUCCUCUUCGUCCUACAGCAGCAGCUCGUCGAGGUCGUCCUCGUACAGCAGCCGCUCGUCGUGGUCGUCCUCAUCGAGGGAAUCCGAUCGGAGAAGGGUGCGUAGGAAGGAGGAUGGCCGAWMGAAUCGCAGGGACACAGACAGGAGCAAGUCCGGUAAAAAGAGAACGAGGUCUUGGAGCCGAAGCGCAAGUCCCGACGACAGUCGGUCAAGGAGCCGCAGUCGCAGCCGCAGCAGGAGCGUAGAGCACGGGGGAGACCGUAAAGACAAGGCCGACGCGAAGCGAUCGAAGAAAAUGGACAGCCGAAACGAGAGGGAACCCGCAGAAAACGAGAAGAAUUCUAAGGGCGGAAGCGAGGAACGAUCGACCAAGGCGACGGAAGCCCCCAGUGGUCCCGGGGACAAGAAGAACAGCGAGGCCCGCGGGGGACUCCCGGAGCGGACCGCCAGCCCCGUAGACAGCGGGCUGCGGAGGCGGACGUCUCGAUCGGAAUCGCGCUCCAGGUCCCCCCGCAGGCCGCGGAGGAGCCCGCCCGGGCGAACGCAAGCACCAGCGCACCGCGGCGGGGAGUCGCCCUCGUCCGGAUCUCGCUCUCUCCCGCCGGAGCGCUCGCGCCGCCGCGAGCGAACCCGCGGGAGGRGGUCCAGGUCCCGAUCGGAAUCGUCCUCGUCGUCAAGAAGUUCAUUCGGGUCGUCGCGUCGCGCGUCGUCCCGCAGCGGAAGCUCCAGGUCUCGGUCGCGCUAGGCCGUGGCAUAAAGAAAAAAGUAAAUUCCAUCGCAAUGCACUUUAUGCUACACUGAGCAGUUUGUCAAUGCACAGAUUGUUGUUUUUGAAUAUUGCGGUGCCUAUAACUGUGUAAACGAUAUACUACUUUAAGUUACAAAAUCUAUUUUCCAACACGAAAAAAAUCUCUUCUGCGACGGCAACACACAGAAAUAUUUUCGGAAUGCAAUUCUUCCCAAUCGCCUCCUUGCCUAUGAGAGGCAUUUUCCGCAAUACUCUAGAUACGAAUUUGAUAGUUCCCGGCCUUGGUGAUGUAUCGAACCCAUCGGCUCGUGUGGUAACCCGACUUGUCGUAGACACGAAGAAAGCGAACGUGAACGCCGCUGGAAGUGAACAUGGGGACCUGGAACUCGGCGUUGAUUGGAGGUCUACUCCAUGGCUUGGGGCGCGUCGUGGGCAUCAAGUCAACGUCUGCGUGGAUGUGGCAUUCAGCCUUUCCGGGAAAUCGCUUUACACGCCAGACAAUAGCUUGCUGUUCUGGCUCGUACUUGGCGCGGCCAAAAGAGUGCUUGAUCUUCGCCUUCGCGGUGUUCUUUGGGACCGGUAUCUUGAUGACCACGUGGGUUGCAAACAAUUGAUCGGAGAAAUUAGCAAUCACCUUCAGAUCGAUGGAAAUUCUAGAGAUGAAAACAAAUGAAUUGAAAUCCAUUGCAAACGAUUAGUAUGCCAAUUUUUCUAUUUCCGAGUGACGCAAAGAUUGCCUUCUCAUUCACGCUACUAGAACAAGCGAUUUUCCAAGCACGACGCUGCAACUUACUUUGUCAAGCUCUGCUCUUCCUGAACGGCUGGGAUCAUACGGAACGGCAAAUUGAUAUUGUCGGUCACACGGUAUUUCAUCAGCUCGAAUUCGCCAUCCGGGGGAAUGAAGGUAAUCGUGCGAUCUGCAUCGAAUUUUCCCAGUCGAACACAACGAUGGAAGGUACAAUCGUCGAUUUCCACACCGGGCUUCCUCUGGCCCUCCUUUUCAAUUACGAGUUUGUCGUUGAGACCAAAUUUACAUUCCGGCAUCCCCGUCAACUUUGUAUUCAUUUGUACAGCACCCGUCACUUCGUUUCUCAAAACAUUUCCGUUGCUAGAGAGGAGCAAGUUGACACUUUCCAGAACAUCAAUGUACACUUCAUUCUUUUUGUGACGAAUUCCCUCACGCCUCCAAUCAAUGGCUCCAGUAAUCUGCGAUGUUAAUUGAGAUGGUUCUUGCUCUUCUUUUGCCUUGACAUUGCCAAGGUUGAUGUACAAUCUCAAAACAUCUACCGCGCAAUUUUGUGGAUAUCCAAAGUCCAUCGUUUCAUCCAUCAGCUCGUAAAUCAAGGUCAUGUUGUUUCUCAUGGCAUUUUCAUCAAACUCAUCACCGAGGUAGGAUUUGAGAAUCCUUACUAACUGGUAGAGGUAUUCAAAGACGAGUGCCGGAUUUACGUUGGAUCUUGUCACGGCCACAAAGAACAUGUUUAAGUGACGGGUGUACAAAAAUGAAUUGUUCUCGAUGCG